AUGGCAAAAAACAAAGACUCAAAUCAUUACGAAUGCGACCAACCCGAAAGGUAAAGUUAACACCAUUGUAUAGCUAAUUUGUGCACAUAAAUAUUUCUUUCUUGUGGUGAUUGUUAAUCCUCGCGUUGUUUCGCUAGGGAAGAUGCAUAUUCCACGUUGUCGCCAUUUUCCUAUGCAAGACAACCAGGGCUACAGCCCUCCCCGUACAAUCAACAAAUCAUGCCACAGCAAUACUAUGUUCCAUCAAUAAUGUCCUCGAUGCAGAUGAUGGCACCAUUCACUCAUUCGCCUGCCCAUGCGGUUCCGGCUUCGCAGUUUUCGGAUCCGCCUACAUCGAGCCAAGGAAACGCACAAAACGGAGCGCAAUGGAAAAAAAAAUCGAUGGACUGA